AUGUAUAUAUUAAAUAGUUCAAUAUUACACUUUCCAAUCUUGACAACUUUAAAGCAUUGGUUUCCAAGAGCCUAUUCUGAUGCUGUGUUCCCAAAAAUUACAACACAUUACACUGUGAAGUCUCGUAAAAAUGAUCCAAGAUGGAAGGCAAUAAACAUGGAAAGAUAUGUUGACGAGACUGACAUCCUAAUAGUAGGUGGUGGACCAGCUGGAAUGUCGGCAGCUAUUCAUGCUUGCCAAUUGGCUAAAAAAUAUGGUAGAGAAUUCCGUGUGACACUCGUGGAAAAAUCUGCAACCAUCGGAGGCCAUAUACUCAGUGGUGCUUGCAUAGAUCCAAUUGCUUUGCAAGAGCUUUUUCCUAACUGGCAAGAACUCGGGGCUCCACUUCUUACGCCCGUUACAGUAGAUAAAUUCGCUUUUCUUACUGAACAUUCACGCAUACCUAUACCAAUUUUUAAGGGAAUGCCCAUGUAUAAUCAUGGAAAUUAUGUUGUCAGAUUGGGUCAUGUAGUCUCAUGGCUUGGAGAACAAGCAGAGGCGAUAGGAGUAGAAUUAUAUUCAGGUUAUGGUGCUUCUGAAAUUUUAUAUCACAAAGAUGGCUCCAUCAAAGGUAUUGCCACAAAUGACGUAGGAAUCGCUAAGGAUGGGUCACCUAAAGAUACUUUUGAACGGGGUAUGGAAUUACAUGCUAAAUGUACAAUUUUUGCUGAGGGUUGUCAUGGACAUUUAACCAAGCAAAUCGUAAAUAAAUUAAAUCUGAGAGAAAAAUGCGAUCCUCAAACCUACGGAAUUGGUAUUAAAGAAAUUUGGGAAAUUGAAAAAUCUAUGCAUUCCCCUGGUAAAGUUGAACAUACAGUUGGUUGGCCUUUGAAUAAAAAUACAUAUGGUGGAUCUUUCUUAUAUCAUCUUAAUGAAGUUCCUUUGAUAGCAAUUGGUUUUGUGAUAGGCUUAGACUAUACAAACCCAUAUUUGAAUCCUUUUAGAGAAUUUCAAAGGUUUAAGCACCAUCCAUCUAUUAAACUAACUCUAGAAGGAGGUCAAAGAAUAGCUUAUGGUGCAAGAGCUCUGGUAGAAGGAGGCUUUCAAUCCAUUCCAAAGUUACAAUUUCCUGGUGGUUGUUUAAUUGGAUGCUCAGCUGGUUUUCUAAAUGUUCCAAAAAUUAAAGGUACUCAUAAUGCAAUGAAAAGUGGAAUGCUAGCUGCUGAAAGUAUAAUUGAGGCUAUUAUCGAAGCCGAAACAAUACCAUCAAAAACUCAAGGUUUAGAACCAAAAUCAUAUUCUAAUAAAAUUAGAAACAGUUGGAUUUACAAAGAACUGAAAGCCGUUAGGAAUUUUAGACCAAGUUUUCAUACGCCACUAGGCUUAUAUGGCGGUAUUAUAUACUCUGGAUUUUCUAUGAUCUUAGGUGGCCGAGAACCUUGGACACUGUCACAUGGAGAACCAGAUUAUAAGACACUAAAACCUGCAGUUGAAUGUACACCAAUAAAAUACCCAAAGCCUGAUAAUAUCAUUUCUUUUGAUUUGCUCUCAUCUGUAGCCUUGACUGGUACAAAUCAUGAAGCAGACCAACCACCACAUCUUACACUUAUGAAUGACACUAUACCUGUUGAGAAAAAUUUAUCUAAAUUUGCAGGUCCAGAAGAAAAGUUUUGCCCAGCUGGAGUUUAUGAGUUUGUACCUUUAAAAGAUGGCAAUGGAAAAAAGUUACAAAUCAAUGCGCAAAAUUGUAUUCAUUGCAAAACCUGUGAUAUAAAAGAUCCUAGCCAAAAUAUUAAUUGGGUAGUACCUGAAGGAGGAGGUGGUCCAGCAUAUAAUGGAAUGUAAUUAUGUGUACAAUAUGUAACAUUAAUAAGGAUAUAAUUUUAGUGUAUUUGGUAAUGUGAUUUGAUGAUAUCGGUAAAAUUAAAAAAAAAUUUUAUACAAUUUU